UCGAAACAUUGGCAUCUCUCUGCGCACAACCCAUCGCGUGAGGAUCGUAUCUGAAUAAAUACAUAUUCCUAAAAGAAAUUUCUGGGAACCAUAGUUUUAGUUUGUUGUCACCUAGAAAAUGGUCAACGAGUUGAACAGACCCCAAAAUGGGGACAAUGCCGCCUUGAGCGAGCGCCUGGCAGCAUCCAACCGGCAGCUGCAGGAAAUGCAGGAGGAGCAUCGCCAGCUGCUGGAGGAGAUGGAGACCUUGCGUUUGCGAGCGGCCGAACUUACACUCCUGAAUGCCCAGCGCCAAACGCUAAGGCAAUCCGCCGGAGAAGAGGAGAAAACCCAAGAGUCGCAAGCUCCAGCGGAGCCGGAAGCAGUGUCCUCAUCCUGUCCUGCUGAUCCCGCUUCAGAGGAGGCCACAUCAGCUGCCCAGGAAGAGGGCAGCGAGGAGGACAAGGAGGAGCAGGCCAGUUAUCUGCAGGAGAAGCUGAACGAGAUCGCUAACCUUAAGGCCCAGUUUAAGCGAGUACAGAACAUGGUGGAUACCACCAAGCUAAUUGAGCAGCACAUGUCCACCAGGCAGUCGGUGCAGGUGCAAUCCAGUUCCUCCGUUCAGACCAGGCGGCAGACCACCACCUCUGAAGUCCGGGUGGCGAGUGAAGUUGGGGAGGCUGAAGAGGCUGUUGCCGGUUCCAGUGCAUCGACCCCUGCUCCCGACAAUGCGGAACUCCUGAACUCCAUGCUCAACAUGUUUACGGACUUCACCAGCGAUCUUCGUGGCCAGGCGGAGAGUCUGCGGGAGGAGCGGGAUCGCAUACGGGCUCUCAAGGAGGACAUUAUUCAGCGCAAACAGGGAAAGCAGUGAAAGCUGCACUGAAAACACUCACGGGUUCUAGUCAUAUCAUGUGAAAAUCAGACGAUGUUAUUAUACAAUUAUAAAAAACCCCAGUUUAUCUUAUAAAUAUAUAAUUAUUGCUCCCAAUCGA